AUGCUACGACUGGUGCCCUUCGCUCUUGCUCUUCACCACCGCGGACCUGCCACUGACGCUGAAGCUGGAGAGAAGGGACUGGAGCCACCUAAUGAUCCCACCGAUGGCGAGAACGGACAAGAGCAAGAGUUCGACUUCGAGGAAGAGCCAGAGGAGCUUGAACGAGACCUCGACGCCGCAGAACACGAUAUGCUUCACGACCUAGAGGACACUGUCGCUGAACCCCUUCCUGAUGACCGUCCACGACGCGAGGGUACAUAUUCGUCAUCCUUCUCUCUUCCAGCCGAGGAGAAAAAGAAGACCCCACAGUGGUAUCUCAAGCUCAAGGACGUCUUAAUUCCCAAAACGACGCAGGCAGACCUCGAGUCGUAUGUCCCCAACUAUCGCUACACGCCAAUCCUCUCUGGCAUCAUCAUCCCUUUCUCUAUCUUACUGGAAAUACCGGGGCUUACAGAGCACUGGUACAUCCGAACAGAGGACAACCGAACUGUUGAAACCCAGGCGAACCCCGCUAUCCUCGACAUUGGGCUGGCCUUUAGCAUGGCUUGUGCCGUAGUUGCCAAUGUCUGCCUUGUUGUCCGGUUCCUCGAGAAGAAGGUCAAACUCAUGACCAUUGCCUGCAUCGUAUUCCUAACGAUCCAUGACAUAAUAAACGUUAUUGCGGUCACUGUUUUUGGUGUCGAGCACCGCUUCGACGAUGGAUUCACCUACGGCCAGUCCUUUUGGAUGACUGUCUGCUCGACCGUUGUAUCCCUAUUCACCAACUUCACACUCGUCAUUGACCUUAUGCGAACACCGGAUUUCGAUAACAGCGGUAGUGGUCUAACUCGACGCCAACGUUCCUUGGCAAUUCUUGUUAUCCUCCUGCUCAGUUAUAUCGCAAUCGGCUCUCUGAUCCACUCAAUCCUUCUUGACCUCACAUUCAUCGACGCGAUGUACUUCUCCCUGGUGGUAAUUGAGACCAUAGGGUUUGGAGACAUUAGGCCUCUCACGACGGGUGCCCGCCUCUUCACAUGCUUAUACGCGGUCUUUGGAAUUCUCACUAUCGCUCUUGCUGUCGGGCUUACCAGGGAGACAAUCCUCGAAGGUCUUGAGGUGGGAUAUCGUAAACGAGUCCAGGAAGUGCUGCGGCGCCGGAGAAUCGGCCGUUGGCGAAGAAGAGUGACAAAUCGCUGGCAGGAAGCGAUAGAAUGGCGACUACGGGAGGCUGAACAACCUGUGUGGGUUAGGAACAACCCCAUGGAGCCCGCAAGUGAUGGUUUCUUCGGUGCAAUCGAGGAGUUUUUCCACAGCUUAUGGCCGUCGGGAGGGAGUCAAGGCAGUGGAUUCCUGCAUUCACACCAUCCACAUGGAAUGCAUCUCAAUCUGGACGGGCUAUCUUGGAAACAACUUGAGGCCGCGGCCAUGGAAGCAGGAAUCGCUCUCGACAAUCUCCUGCCUCAAGGCUACCGCGAGCGGCGGGAGGAAAAUGACAGCCGCUCAUCGUCCGAUCGGCCCGUCCACCAUCCGACACCUUCGGGCCCAGUCGUGCUGCCCACGGAUACAACUCUGCCACUUACGCAUGCCCGCUUUGGCCGCAUGAUUGCCAUGAUAGGUGCUUUUGCCCUUGCUGUCGACGAAUCCGGCCAUCUUCGCGGGGACAAACAGACCCAUCCAAACAACAUCAGACCGGCCAAAAAGUCGUUGACUUUACAAUACGAGACUUUCCGGGCAGGAAUGCAAAAGGAGGAAACUAGGGCGUUCUACGCAAGACUCGUGGUUGUAUGGGUCUUCUUUUUGGGCUUUUGGAUUGUCGGUGGCUUGAUCUUUAUGAAGACUGAACGGUGGAGUUUGGGAGCCUCGUUAUAUUUCUGCUUCAUAGCUUUCACUACUAUCGGCUACGGUGAUUACACUCCAUUAACUCCAGCGGGCAGGUCCGUUUUCGUUGCAUGGGCGUUACUCGGUGUGGCCACAAUGACUAUCUUGAUUUCGGUUAUUGCAGAAGGUUUCUCUUCCAAAUAUCACAGCGUGAUGCACACAGGCGUGUUUGAUCGUGCAGUGAAGCGUUAUCGCGAGCGAGCCAAGGUCAUUGCGGAAAAGGGGAGGAAGGGAAGGACGCAUCCAGGUUCCGGUCAGACACCACCGCCUUUGAAUCAUCACAGAUCUCGGGAAGACCAGCUCCGCGACGCCCAUGACCGCACCCAGACGCAGCUGGAAGCGCUUCCACACAAGAUACUCGCAGACGCCAAAACGUUCCACGAGCACUUGUCGUAUUUCGUCGGCUCGGGCAACAGUGCCGGUAUGGACUCGGGCGAGGACCUGCCACCAGGCUUGCAGCAGUUGCUGAACGAAAUAACGGGAGCGGAGAGGAUCGGGGAACGAAUCAAGAGAGAGAUUCUGCAGGAUGAAGAUGCGAGACAGACACUCUUCACGUUGAGCAUCGAACAGGCCCUUCGCAAAAUGAUUAAUUCUGCUGAAUCCGCUCUCCAAGCGCUAGAAGAACGAGAGCGAUUGUUGCGUCACGCAACAGGCUCCGCACCGCGUAUACCUGAAGAAGACAUUAUACCCUUUACCGACGAGCCUUUACCCGUGUCUCCAAUCGCGACCUUCAACAACUCUGAUUCGCCUCUGCUCGCGACAAGGAGGACGAACCGCCCUCUUUGGGACACAACGACAUCUUCCGAAGACUGGUUAUAG